AGUAGUCUAGUAGUGAGAUAUAUUUUAAGCGUUUUUUGUAAGCAUUCGCAACACUUUUUGUUCUUAUUGCUUGAAUUUCCUUUUUAUGGAGUAGGAAGGCAUGUCAUCAGCUGAGUGGUAUUUCACAAUAACACAUGCCAACUAGACAACAACAAAGUAUUUCGCAACAUCUGCGGAAGUAAUGCGCAGAGACCCUGCGUGGGGAGGGUCUUGGUGGCGUUGCGGUGGUUGCGGAGUUGCUUGAUUAUUCUGAUUUUUUAUCUUCUUGGUCUUGUCUGUGGUUUUGACUAAGCUAAAUAUCGCUUUGCAUCUGAGCCUGAGCCGUACAAGUUACGGGUCAAGGCGUAUUGUGGGUCGCUGAUUCGGUCUCGCCAGUCUUCAGUCUUGCUUUGUUUUGAAGUCAAGUCAAAGUGAAGUUAUCGAAUCUUCAAUCUUCGUACGGGGUGCCUUUUUCCAGCUCCACUUGCCCUGGUGAAUUUGGAUUGGGGAAAAGGGCUUGUAGGUCUGCAACAAGCACAUAAGAGUAGCCGAAGAUGGAGACUGAGCCUGCCCAGGCUGGGGACUCACCCAAAGCAUCAGCAUCAGCUGAUGAUCUUCAGAUUGAUGAAAGCAAGUCAGUGCAGGAGCAGGUGGCUCAUGGAAAGGGAAAAUCCAAGAGAACCCGCUCCGUGUCUAUCUCGGAGCCUCAGCCAACAAGGGUACCCUCAAAGUUCUCUAAAAACAGCAGGAGAUCUAGGGCUGGCAUGGGAAGAGGCCUCCCAAAGAAGGGCGGUGCCGGCGGGAAGGGCGUCUGGGGCAAGCCGGGCGCCGAGCUGGACGCGGCCGAGAUCGACUCGGGCGACCCCAACUACGACUCUGACUCGAUGGACGACGUGCAGCUGGAGCAGGUGGCCGUCGAGCUGACCGAGGACGAGAUCAAGAAGAUGACCGAGGGUCUGGUGUGCGAGUAUUUCGAGCACGGUGACACGGGCGAGGUGGACGGCAGCCUGACCGACCACUGGGACAGCAUCAACAUGCACCUGCGGUACCUGGUAGUGGUGACGAUGAUCGAGGUGGCCAUGGACCACAAGUCGUCCCACCGGGAGAUGACGUCCAUCCUGCUCUCCGACCUGUACCAGGAGUGUCUGACCCAGACAGACAUCACCAGAGGUUUCGAGACGCUGCUGGCCUCCCUGCCGGACCUGGUGCUCGACUGUCCCGAGGCGCCCGUCAUCCUGGGCAACUUCCUGGCGCGCGCCAUCGCCGACGACUGCCUGCCGCCCAAGUUCCUCACCAGCCACAAGGGCAAGGUCGAGUGCCGACUGGCCGUUCAGGCGCUGGACCGCGCCGAGCACCUGAUGAACAUGAAGGGCGGCAUGAUGCGGCUGGACACGGUCUGGGGCGUCGGCGGACCGCGCCGGCCCGUACGACUGCUGGUCAAGCAGAUGACCAUGCUGCUCAAGGAGUUCCUCACGUCCGGCGACUCCGAGGAGGCCAUCAGGUGUGUCCGUGAGCUGGAGGUGCCGCACUUCCACCACGAGCUGGCUUACGAGGCGGUGACGAUGGCCAUCGAGCGCUCGGACGACAAAUCCAUCUCGGAGCUGUCGCGCCUGCUGCGCGUCCUCUCCGAGGCGGGCGUCAUCAGCAUCAACCAGAUGGACGAGGGCUUCCAGCGCGUCUUCGAGAACAUCGCCGACAUCCAGCUGGACGUGCCGAACGCCUACGCCCUGCUGGAGAGCCUGGUGAUGCUGGCCGCCCAGAACGAGGUCAUCUCACCAGACACAGUCCGCAAGAUGCCGCUCAGGGGACGUAAGCGGUUCGUCUCCGAGGGUGACGGCGGUCGGAUCAAGGACCGCAGUGACGUGGUGCCGCUGCAGCUGUGAGCGGUACCCGGUGCAGCUGAGUACCACGGGGUGCCCCGGGGUCCACCAGUUGGGUACCCUGGGUGAACCCCGGGUCGAGCGGGGUAUCCUGGGUCCAGCAGGGUACCCUGGGUCCAGUGGGGUGUCCUGGGUACCCCGGGUCCGGCUCUGAGACCGACCGCUGCCCGUCCCGACCCUGGCCGACCCCGGACCGACGUCAGACCGACCCGACCCGACCCGGCGGCGGUGGCACGGGCGCUCAGGCCCCGCGCCGCCAGCCGUGUGCGCCGCGGAACAGAGGACUCGCUGAAAUAGCCGGCGGCUGAAGACGUGCGUUUUGUAUAUUUUUGAAGUGUUGUUCGGGUGCGAGGGUUUCGUUAUGCGCGCGCCCGCGGCUCAUGGUUGAUGCGUGUGUGCGUGUUUGGUGGCUGUCUUGGAUGCGGGUGUGGCGGCGUUUUGGGUGUGCUUUUCCUGGGCGCGUUUAUGUGGCGCGGGUCGGCGGAGGGGGUAUUCCGCGUUCCGCGCGGUGGACAGGUGUAAGUGGAGCGUGCCGCGCGGUGAGAAGGUACGGGGUGUGAGCGGGCGUCGCGAGCGCUGCUCUCCGUGCGUCACCAUUGCAUAGGGCGGUCUCAGUUUCGUGUUCGGCUAAGGAAGUACAAAACCUUGUUUGAAAGAGGAACCCUGAAUCAGUUGGUUGGGCGUUUGGGGCUCGGAUUGGCGUGGUUGCCCGUUAUAGAGGCGCACUUCUGUCUCGUUAGUUCAGCCCCGAAGCGCUGAUAGCUUAGUAUUAAGACUGCUGCUUUCCCACAGCUGGGUUUUCUUAGAGCGGCGCUGCCUUUUCUGCCUUUUUCUUGCUUCGGUGUGAUUGUCUGGCGAGGAGUGCUUUUUCAGUUAGCGGUGGUUUCUAAGGUAUAUUCGUCUGUCACUAUGAGGGGUAAACGGCUCCUGGUGGAACGAUCUCCGGGCGUUACCUCACAGUUACACCUGAGUGCAAUGAAUGAUGUAAUUGUACAGGCCUGAAAGAACGGUGUGUUAAAGCUGCGCGAGUCAUUGAAAUGCAACACAGUUGACAGUUGAGUCAUAAUGAACCAUUAUCGGUCUGUAAGAGGCUAGCGUUCUCAUCACGGUGCAACGAGUUCAACGAGUGCUACUCAGCCGGUAUCGACUGGUGUGCCUGUCUCGCCCUCUGUCCUCCUUUUGGGGCCGUUUGCCGCUGUGCGUGUGUGUGCGGUGCGUGUUUGGAUAUUGCUGUAUAUUGCCAAAUACACAUGGAGCCACC